AUGGACUCUCUCGUGCUUAAUUCUCUUGCAAACACCUUCGUUCCACAAGUAGCUGCAGACUGGCUCUCUGCUUUCUGUGAGAAAACUGGACAGGCUUGGGGUCCUAAUGGUUCAGAGAAACUUUUCUGGUAUCGAUCUCCAAAGGUUCAUAUAUUUGAAUUUUUGGUACUGCACCUAUUUGUUUUUUUCUGUUUUCGUGCUAGUCGGGGUUAUUUCACUAAUAUAACUAAAUAUGAAGGACGAGGAGAGGUAUCACGUGGUAGGUCUACUAAAGGUCGUCUAAAUAAAUUAUUAGGAAUAAUUUUUCUCUUCUUGUGGGUUUUACAGUUAAUUUUCAAGGCUUUACGACCAACCCCUUUUGUACAAAUGGGAUGGUUAUUAAUGCCUUGUCAUCUUAUUACACUUAUUUGGGCAUUUGUUCUUUUACGACAAAAAGAGUCAGAGUAUGCGUUAAAUGUAUAUUUGGCAACUCUCGCAGCGGAUUAUCACUGGGGUCCUGCAGCGGCAUCUCUUGUUCCUGAUUUUGGGGAUCACCAGUACCGUAUUGAGAGUUACUUUUUCGUCUUCCAUCACGGAUUAUUACUUAUUAUGCCAUUUUAUUUUUCAGCACGAUAUGAGUUAUUACCCAUGAAUCUUAAACAUUUAUUACAUGUAACAGCAGUAGCUGUAGUAGUAAACAUUUGCCUAUACACAUUAAUCUCAUAUAUAAGUGGUCUCAAUGUAAACUACAUGCUGUAUCCACCCCCAAAACUUUGGGGGGUUUUCCCUUUCACAUCUAAGGCAUACAGAUUUUACAUUAUUGCAAUUCUUAUGGGCUGCACAGUAGUUUUUCAUGUUAUCAUUAGCAAGUCUGGUGAUAUCAUCAAGUGGAUUUUGUCACGAGGGCGAAAGCGCAAUGGUUUACACUUGAAGCGAUCUGCGAAACGUCAUUAA